AGUGGGCAUCCAACAGACCAGCAGUGGUGCUGUCGACUGUUAUCUUCGGGGAUGGAAAUUCCAGGCAAAGACCUUGCCACCUAUUGAAAUUCGUUAGGGCUCCCAUAUAAUUUGUAUUCGUUGACGAGUUCUACUAUUUUUACAUCGUGUGUAUCCUUUACUGAUAUAAAAGGAAUUGACAUCAAGAUAUAUCCAGCCUCAUUCACAGACGAUGAAACUAGAUAUGGCUGUCCUGGUUCCGUGGCUGGCAUGGCUUCUCGUCUCCUUCCUCGCCGUGUAUUUACUCAGCCUCCUUUCACACCGACAUCGCAGCCUCCCGCCGGGACCGCGGCCGCUGCCCAUCAUCGGAAGUCUCCACCUACUCGGCAACCAGCCGCACCGCUCCCUUGCCAGCCUCGCAAAAAACUACGGCCCGCUCGUGUCCCUCCGUCUUGGCACGGUCACCACGGUGGUCGUCUCAUCUCCCGAGGCCGCCCGCGAGUUCCUGCAGAGGCACGACGCCGUCUUCAGCAAUAGGUCUGUGCCGGACGCCACCGGCAACCACAGCAGGAACUCCGUAGCCUGGUUGCCCAACGACCCACGCUGGCGCGCGCUCCGGAAGCUCAUGGGCACCGAGCUGUUCGCGCCGCACAGGCUGGACGCGCUUCAGCACCUCCGGCGCGAGAAGGUGCAGGAGCUCGUGGAGCACGUCAGGCGGCUGGCGCGGGAGGGCGCGGCUGUGAACAUCGGCCAGGUGGCGUUCAUCACGAGCCUGAAUCUUGUCUCGCGCACCAUCUUCUCCCGGGACCUGACAAGCCUCGACGACCACGGCGGGUCAAAGGAGUUCCAAGAACUGGUGACGGACAUCAUGGAGGCCGCGGGGAGCCCGAACUUUUUUAAAUGUUGCUCUCUCCAUUCUGUUUGGAGUAUAGAGAUAUCUUCGGGAUGUCUCAGUAAGUCAAUGACGUGGAGUUUCAGUCUGGGGCGCUGCAUGCAAUAUGAAUCAUAUGAUCCAACGGAAGACAAACCGUCUUUCUUCUCCGAGAAUAUAUUAUUAUGGAAACAAUGGGUUGUAGAAUAUCAUGGAACUUUAAUGUUUCUGUUUAAUAUUUAUGAUAUCACUAAUUUCCUUGUAUUCUUAUUUGAGGAUUUGUUUUCUGCUGGGAGUGAUACAAGUUCUAGCACAGUGGAAUGGGCUAUGGUGGAACUGCUUCAAAACCCAUGUUCAAUGGCUAAAGCUUGCGAUGAACUUGAAAGAGUUAUUGGUUCAAGAAGAAACAUUGAAGAAUUUGAUAUUAACCAGUUGCCUUAUCUUCAAGCCGUGAUAAAUGAAACAUUUCGACUGCAUCCGGCUGCUCCACUGUUGCUACCACGCCAUGCUCGGGUUGAGACAAAAAUAAUGGGUUACACAAUUCCUAAAGGUUCUCGUGUGUUCGUAAAUGUGUGGGCAAUAGGUCGAGAUAAAGAAACAUGGUCCGAACCAGAGAAGUUUGUGCCCGAGAGAUUUCUAAAUAGGACAGUUGACCUAAGAGGUGGAGACUUUCAUCUCAUCCCUUUUGGUGCAGGGCGUCGAAUCUGCCCUGGAAUGCCAUUGGCUAUUAGGAUGGUGCAUGUGCUUCUUGCAUCACUACUAAAUCAGUUCAAAUGGAGGCUCCCAGCAGAUGUUGAAAGACAUGGAGUUGAUAUGACCGAAAAAUUUGGUGUGACACUGACCAAGGCCGUGCCUCUUUGUGCUAUAGCUACCCCAAUUUGAGUCAACAUUUAAGGCUGCUCAGGAUUAUAAUUUUUAUUAUUCUUCUUUCAAAAUAUUUACCAUGUAUGGGUUAAAUAAUUCAAUCUUGUGUAACAUCCUAAAAUUCGAGCAGGAAAUAUUUAUCUUAUUUCA